GCUCAAGAAGGAGAGCAGAACAAAUUCCUAACAGGUGGAAGCUUGCCCAUGGCCAAUGAGACUGUGGAUCAUGAGACUCAAUACUGCUUUCCUGCUAUUAACUCAUCAUGCAUCAAGGGAAAACACUUCAGGCAUGAAUACUAUGUCAUUUAUAUGUCUUUAUCACUGCUGUCAGCAUGGACUGCGUUUCUGAACUUGCUUGUGAUCAUCUCCAUCUCUCACUUCAAGAAGCUCCACACUCCAACCAACCUGCUCAUUCUCUCUCUGGCUGUAGCCGACAUGCUUGUUGGACUUAUUGUCAUGCCAAUGGAUGGCAUCAGGCUGAUUGAGACCUGUUGGUACUUUGGAGACACUGCUUGUGGCUUGUUUUUGAUUACUAUUAGUUCACUCCUCUCUGUGUCUCUUUGUAAUUUAGUUUUCAUUGCUGUUGAUCGUUAUAUGGCUGUGUGUCACCCUUUGCUGUACCCACAAAAAAUAACCACAACUAAAACUGUACUGAUCAUCUGUCAUGGCUGGUGUUGUUCUAUAAUGUACAACAUUGCUCUUACAGUAAGUAAUGGAUUUUUUGAACCUUUACAUAGAAAAGAUGUUUGUAAUGGGGCAUGCACUAUUAUAAUUAGUUUUGCAUGGACAGUCACUGAUUUAUUUGUUUCCUUUCUGUUUCCGUGUAUUCUGAUCACAGCUUUAUAUUUGAGGAUAUUUUAUAUUGCACAACAGCAAGUGAAAGUUAUCAACUCUAUUAUAAAUAGUGGAAAAAGUGUAACAGAAGUUUCUGUGAAAAGGAAAUCAGAGAGGAAGGCUGCUCUAACAUUAGGAAUCAUUGUGACAGUUUAUCUGUUUUCCUGGAUCCCAUACUAUAUCUGUUCUUUUACAGGGAACACAAACACAUCCUCAGCUACAUUAAAUGCUCUAUUAUGGACCAUGCAUAUUAAUUCUGGUCUCAAUCCUCUUAUCUAUGCUUUGUUUUACCCUUGGUUUAGAAAAUCAGUUAAACAAAUCUUAACUCUUAGAAUAUUUCGACCAGAAUCCUCUAUGACCUACUUUACAGAUUAUCAUUCAUAA